UCUGAUGUUCGGUCGGGCUCAAUAAUAAAAUGUCAAUAAUAAACAAUAAAUAAAAAUAUUACGAUCGGCGAGUUAUCGUGAAACGCGGUGCAGUGACAUAAAGGUUGCGGAAUGAAGUCAGUCGUUUUCAAAAUCUGAGUGACAUCAUAGACACUGUGCUGCACCAUCGACUGACCACCACCAUCAUCACCAUCGUUGUCGUCGUCAUAAUCCGAAUACAAAAAGAACGUACAUAAUUUCAAUACCAUGUUUGCCGGCGGACGUUACAUGACUCCACACAAAUACAAUUGGAACGAUUCUUCAAGUAACAGAUUCCUGUUCGCAAUUUUACUGUUGACAUCAAGUGUGGAAAUUUUCGCGGACAAUGUCCAUUUAAUGGAAGGUGGAUCAAGUCAAGAAAACAACUGCACGAUUUAUAGAUCAUGCACACAAUGUACUGAUGCAUCUAUUUGCAGUUGGCUGGUGGAUAAACAAAUUUGUUACUACACUGAUCAAAGUAUAUCCGGGAAUUUCAUCGCCAAAACAAAAGAAUUUUGCCCAGAUUUUGCCGUGACCUAUGAUAAUCAUCAUUCGAUACGAGUCACUGUCUCGAAUAUCGGGGUAAAAAGUGUAAGCAAUUUUUUUAAUGAAAUCCGGAAUAUCAGUUGUGAAAUAGAAAAUGCAACGUAUAAAGCUUCAAUCGAUAAUGGAGUAAUUACUUGUAAAUGGGUAGAAAAAAAAACUAUGCCUCCCGAAGAACAAAGUACAACUAAAACCAAUCCUUUGUUUAUUUUUUAUUUUUCAAUCGUUGUCAACGGCGUACGAUUGCAAUUCAACGAUCCGCGAGACCAUUACAUCAGUCAUCACGGUUGGACCUGCCCAAACGAAAAUUGUACUAUCCGUUAUUGGGAAAGCGAUUCGAGAAAAUAUUACUGUAAAUGGUGUUCAAAAGACGACGGUUGCAAGAUAACAGGCGAACAGCUGAACAGUUGCGACGUACGCAACGCGAUAAACAACGAGAAAUGGAAGGACGAAUCCUCGUUGUCCGCGAUGGAAAUCAGGAGUUCUGCCGCUGCGAUCGAGUCUUUCGAACCAGUCGCGAUGCUGUACAGGAGAAAAACGCCGGUGGUGAUUAGCAUAACCGUCAAGAACCUGCACUGGAUUUUGGCCGUUGGUCGGCUGACGACAGUGACCGUGGCCGGAGAGAGUUGCACCGACCCUACCACGGUCGACGGCCAGACGGUAAAUUGCACCAUCAGUACCGAUAAUGAGGCGGAUAAAGAGGGUUUGGUGGUAAUCGAGUACGAGUGGCUGACGAGCGUGGUAUCGCUGAAAUCUGUGCAAAAGUUCGGGUUCGUCAGACCACUCUUUACGGGAGUCAGCCCCAUGUGCGUACCCGCUUCGGGUGGAACCCGGAUAGAACUAACCGGCGAGAAUCUGAACGCAACGGCUGACGUCCAGGUGUUCUUCAAUAAAACGACAACGAAAGUGAUGUGCGAGAUCGUCGAACUAGCGCGCGACCACAUCGACUGCGUGACCAACGCGAAAACGGAUGGGUCAAAGGAAGGUCCUUUGCAAAUCUCGUUCGAAAGUUGGGUUGGCAGGUUUCUUAAAAAUAAAAAGUUCAAGUACGUGGACGACCCAUUCGUCUCGGACGGUCAAGUAUUCGAGGGUAUCGCAUCUGGCGUCGUCCCGUUGACUGUCCGAGGUGGUUUUGAGUGCACGGAAAACCAGCAGAUGUACGUCGACUACAACGACACAAAGUACUACGGCCACUGUGAGCUGAGCAACACCGCCAAUGGCACUGCAGCGAUGAUGGACUGUUGGCCACCGAAGCUCGACGAUCCGGUGCAGGUGACGUGUCUUCCGUUCGGGUUUCGUACGGAUUUGGCUGGUAAAGUCGUGUUCUUGCCACAACAGACAUGUUACAUGCUUCACCCCGACCCGGUUUACACGGACUUCGAAGUGUACGACGGCACCGUCGUCCGCGUGGACGGCGUGUUUCCGGACCUGUUGCAGCGCCGCCAACUUGACGGCAGCUACAUGCUCGAAGUGACAUUCCUUGUCGACGAGGUGGGCGACGACGAGAGGUUAACCGUGACCAACGUCACAGGGAACUUCAUUGAGUGCCGGGCACCGUCCGACAAGUCGGUUGCCGAUGUCCUAGAGAUCGCGAUCGCAGUCGGCAAACAAGUGAAACGGACCGUAGUGCACAGGAGACACAAACAGUAUUAUGCGAUCGUUCGGUUACUGAGUCCGCAAUACGUUGUCGGUGGUAUUUCGUCCCUGUUGAUUUGCGUAUUUGCACUGAUCUUCUGCGUAAAGAAAAUAAUGAGCUAUUCUAAGCAGCACUUGGAUAAGCGAUACUUAGGAGAACUCCGAAACAUCACGGCUGGCAUAGACGACACCACUGAUUAUUUGUUGAAUUCGAACACCGGCAAGAAGCCGAAGACCAGGCAUUGAGUUAUGAUGGAAUCAACAAAUAUAUUACUGGAACUAAUUUUUAUGUACAUGUUUUUUUUUCACUACUUGUAUAAAAUAAUGCGCACAUUAUAAUAUUAUUAUGUGAAUCGUUUUGAGCUGUUCAUCAAUGUCAGUAGGAGUUACCUAAUUGAACAGGAUUUAUGUUAUUUAAAUUUUUAUCAUAAUAAUUAUUAUGUUGUACAUGUCACCUAUUUGAAACGGAUCUUAUAUGCCAUGUAUACUAUGUGUACUUACGUAUGUGCUCGAUGUAUUUUUGUUCUUCCAUAGAUAUACUUUUAUACACUUAUGAGUCAUAAGUUAUGAUUUUUGAAA